AGACAGCUAACCAGCUACACCCAGCCCUGGCUCAUGGGCAGAGGAGCAAAGUUCUAGGGCUGAGCGUUCCUUUCUCGGCGGCGCCUGGCCAUGCAGACGCUCGCGGAUACCUGCCCUGCUUGGCGCUGCCUCUCAAGAUUCGCCUUGGCAGAACAGUUGAAUCUCCAUCUGGCUACCAACCCUACCAACCCACCCGAGCUUUCUUCUCCUCCGUCACCACCCUCCUGCCUCCCCUCCCUCCCCCUCCUUUCCGUCUUCCCUCCCCACCCCCGCCCCCAAUCUCCUCCUCUUUUUCUCACUACAAGCGGUUGCUGAUGCUGAAGCCGAGCAUCACUUCGGCUCCCAAGGCAGACAUGGCGACAUUGACAGUGGUCCAGCCGCUUACUCUGGACAGAGAUGUUGCAAGAGCAAUUGAACUACUGGAAAAGCUACAAGAAUCUGGAGAAGUACCCGUGCACAAGCUACAGUCUCUCAAGAAGGUGCUUCAGAGUGAGUUUUGUACAGCUAUCCGAGAGGUGUAUCAAUACAUGCAUGAAACGAUCACUGUUAAUGGCUGCCCCGAAUUCCGAGCGAGGGCCACGGCAAAGGCAACAGUUGCAGCCUUUGCAGCGAGCGAAGGUCACUCUCACCCUCGGGUAGUGGAGCUGCCGAAGAGUGACGAAGGCCUGGGCUUUAACGUGAUGGGAGGAAAGGAACAAAAUUCCCCAAUUUAUAUCUCCCGCAUCAUCCCCGGAGGGGUAGCUGAAAGACACGGAGGCCUGAAAAGAGGAGAUCAGCUGCUGUCAGUGAAUGGAGUGAGCGUGGAAGGGGAACAUCAUGAGAAAGCUGUAGAACUUCUCAAGGCUGCGAAGGACAGUGUGAAGCUGGUGGUCAGAUACACCCCAAAAGUCCUGGAGGAGAUGGAGGCUCGCUUUGAAAAGCUGCGGACAGCUCGGCGUCGGCAGCAGCAGCAAUUGCUCAUUCAGCAGCAGCAACAGCAGCAGCAGCAACAACCACAACAAAACCACAUGUCAUAG